AUGUAUAUAUGAUGAUAUCAAUACAACUAUUUGACGCUUUCAUGCCGUGCACAUCUGUUCGACAUAGUAAACAGUUCUUCCACUGCCUCAAAGUAUGCCACACUUGAUGGUCAUGCAACGCCAUGAUGUUGCCAUAUUUUCAAAAUAUCCUACCACAAUGCUCACUUGCAUAAUUCACUGCGUCAUACCUGUCUUCGUUUCGCCUCUUUAACUUACGAAAUCCGUUUUGUGUUAAUAUAUUUGUUUGACACACUAAAGGUGUGCUUGCAAAAGAGAUUUACUCACACCUUACAACUGAGUUAACAACAAACACAACAACGCUGAGCAAAACACUGAGCAAUUGCAGAGUAUUGUGAGAGAGGACAAAAAUACUUGUAAAUGUGUAUCAGAAAUUGUGCAAAGAGUAUCAAAAGGAUAUAUUGGUAAAUGAAACUUUUGCCGCUCACUCAAUUUCUCUUGAAUAACUGUAGCGCUCUCUUCAUCUUCGCCAAAAAUACGUAUGAGUACUCACCGUUACCAUUGUACUGCCCCAAGUUGUUUUGCACUAGAGUCGAUCACACUGGUUGACGAUGACGGCGACGACCUCGCCAAGCAUAUUGUUAUAGUGCGCGCUGCUGAGUGUACUACUUGCUGUACGGUACGGUGGAAAUCCUGCGCGCAAAAGUAUACUUCAAAAUUGUGCUGCAUUUUUAUUAGAGCCUGUGCAAAGCAUCUCAAAAUGAUAUUUAGAUAACAAAAUUACGAAAUAUGCAAAUUCAUAAACAUGUCAUCAAUUAGUAAAAAUAAGAAAAAGACUGUAGUGAGAAAUAAAAAAUGUGGACUUCAGCAAAAAUGUGAAACUUAAAGUGCGCUAAAAAUCAAGAGACACCGUGUACCGUGCCGAAUGUAGAACUUUUAUAAGUACCGAAAAAGAAAAAUAGCAAACAAGCAAAUCGAAAGCUGAGUGGUGCAGAGAAGCGGCGUAAGUGAGAUACAUAUUGAAAAUAAAUCGAAAAUUAUAGUAAAACAAAAAACCAAAUUAAAAAAUAAAUAAAUAAAAAGAAAAUAAAUAAAUAAAAAAACAAAUAAACAAAAAAUAACUAAAAAUAAAAUGAGAAAAGUGUAAAACUGUGCAGUUGAAUAAAACAUAACUGCCACUAGAAAACACAUAAUUGGACUCAAAAUUAGCAGCUCGGUUGAACGAGUUCACAGGCAAAUAACUGAAGAUGAAAUUAACCUGAAAGCACUGCACGCACACGCAACACCUGCAAUUAUAAUAAAACUAAGCGACACCGUUGAGGCGUGGAGCAGUCAAGAAAUUUCAGUUCAACAAUGCGCAACAAUACUCGUAUAAAGAAAAGUCUGCGAAAAGAGUAAUUAAAUGGAAAAGAAGCAGGAAAAGUAAACUGGAACUGUGAACCGAGGUAUUUGAUAAAAAUCUGUAGCAAAUGCGAAAAGGUGGUCAAACAAAAAGCCAAAAACAAACAUAAAACAACUGCAGUCUUUACGCGAAAUUGUCGUUAGCGCUGGCGUAUACGCAACCACAAACGAACUAUGCGGCGCUAGCCAGCGGGCUGCUACUGUCAAGCCACGCCAGCAAACUUAUGUAACACAAACAACAAUUAAAAGUAAAAAAACAAAGCCUGACUGCGUGUAGUUGCGUUUACGUUUGUUGUUGUUGUGUUAUUAAUUUUAUUGCUGUAGCCUAAAAACGUUUUGACUUGGCACGCACACAUACCGCUGACCGCGCGCAGCAAAGACAAUUGGCAGUCGCGCGUCUGUGGUGGUCGGAAGACUUGCACACGCGAGUUGUGACUGAAAGCAAAACGAACAUUUAGUUGUGUUUCAGUUUCAGACAAAUUUUUCUUUCAUAUUAUUUUUAUAUUUUUUCGUUCUUCUGUAAUCAUUUCAUGCGACUCGUGGUUAGAAGCGUAAAGCAUAACGCACGCCGGCAAAGCACGAAGAACAGUAGAUAAAAACACAUAGAACAAUAUGCCAAUAAGCACGCACUUAGUAACGAAAAUAAUACCGUGACAAAAUAAAAAAAAAUAAGUUACAGUGGAAGAAAUAGUUGUGGAUAUAUGCGACGAAGGACGCGACCCAAGAAGCAGCGCAUGCAUGUGUGUGACAUAUUUUUAGCUAGCUAGUCAAAUAGUUGAACUGUAGCGUUAGAACCUGAACCUUUAGGGAGGACACCAACGCUUACAGUGACAAGCGGAAAGCAAGAUAAUAUUUUACCGAGCACUAUUUACUAGCGAGUACCAAGCGAAGCAAUCAGUUAUCCUGCCAUUAAAAUAAAGCACGUGCAACAAACAUAACAACAGCGGAAGAAGAAGCACCAAUAUUACUACUAAUACAACAGCUGCAGAUUGGCAAAUAUUUCCUAUUUUUACUGUGUCGCAAUCACAAAUAGGAAAGCGUUAUAGCGUUGGCAAAAUACUUUUCCUUUAGUAUGACGCGCGGCAAUGUCUUGACGCUGACGACGGUAUCAUGAGUGUCUUGCGGCAUAAUAGAAAAGUAAUAUAAUAUAUUCCACAGAAAUGAACAGAUAAAAUUGUGCUAAAUAUUCAUAAGCACAGCAGAGCGAGUGCAUAAAGCAGACAGCGUCAGGGCGCCAAAAGGAAGGCGAUAAAAAUAGCAAACGGAAGCUGCCAGCGUCACUGCAGCAAAAUAGACCAAAUAAAUAAUAUAUAUGUAUAUACAUACAAGACAACAACAAGACUUGCACAUCGACAUCAUCAAUAAAGCUAACUAAUACUUGAGCAACAAAGAAACAAAAACAAAAGGCCACAGCACAGCAAGUGGAGCAGCAGAAAAUAUUAUAAAAAUUCAUAAUCAAAGUUAUAAAAUACACAACGCCCACAGCAGCAGCAGCAACAAACGACAACAACAACAAACAAUAGCAACAAACGCCAAUCACAACAACUCAUCCAUCAUCGGGCAGCGUGUGCGCGUACAUGUGUGUGUGUGAGUAAUAUGUUGUAACUAGUAAGCUCCUCCUCCCUCCACCCCGACAUCACAAGCAAACGUCGCCAACAUCUACAGCUUUAACUUUAUUAAUACAAGCAAUUGCCAUUUCAUUCCGUUAGAACGGCAAUAUCGGGCCCCUCGUUAUUGGUUAUAUUGGUAAAUAUAGCGUCGUAAUACUUCGAUUCGCAUCAAUAUGGCCUUUAGCAGCAGCAGCAGCAGUAGUAGUAGUCGGUACGGUGUCAGUAGUGGCGGCGCUUACGGCGGUGGCAGCAUAUCAACGUGGGAUAGAUGCACAACAGCGUUGCUAUUGCCGCGAGCACGUCUCAUCACCCUCUGGCUGGCAUUCAAUUUAGCGCUGAUCGUACAGGAGCCAAUGAAGAAAAUCGCCUCAGUCGAUGCAGCGACUGGUGGCGGCAGCAUGUUGGGUGAUGUUAACAUAUCCGCUAUUCUCGAUUCAUUUAGUGUUAGUUACGACAAAAGAGUAAGACCUAACUAUGGAGGACCUCCUGUUGAAGUCGGAGUCACCAUGUAUGUGCUAUCGAUCAGCUCGCUGUCUGAAGUUAAAAUGGACUUUACAUUGGAUUUUUACUUUCGUCAAUUUUGGACCGAUCCUCGUUUAGCGUAUAGAAAACGGCCUGGUGUAGAAACACUAUCGGUUGGAUCUGAGUUCAUAAAAAAUAUUUGGGUACCUGACACCUUUUUUGUAAAUGAAAAACAAUCAUAUUUUCAUAUUGCAACAACAAGUAAUGAAUUCAUACGUGUUCAUCAUUCUGGAUCAAUAACACGAAGUAUUAGAUUAACAAUUACCGCAUCGUGUCCAAUGAAUCUACAAUACUUUCCUAUGGAUCGGCAGUUGUGUCACAUAGAAAUCGAAAGCUUCGGCUAUACAAUGCGUGACAUUCGUUAUAAAUGGAAUGAAGGUCCAAACUCGGUUGGUGUUUCGAGUGAGGUAUCUCUGCCCCAAUUUAAGGUCUUGGGUCAUCGUCAGAGGGCUAUGGAAAUCAGUCUUACAACAGGAAAUUACUCGCGACUUGCAUGUGAGAUACAAUUCGUGCGUUCGAUGGGUUACUAUCUCAUUCAAAUAUAUAUACCCUCUGGACUGAUCGUUAUUAUAUCAUGGGUAUCAUUUUGGCUAAAUCGUAAUGCCACACCAGCUCGUGUGGCGCUCGGUGUUACCACCGUGUUGACAAUGACCACACUGAUGUCGUCAACAAAUGCCGCAUUGCCAAAGAUUUCUUAUGUCAAAUCGAUUGACGUAUAUCUAGGAACAUGCUUCGUUAUGGUCUUUGCCAGUCUUUUGGAAUACGCCACCGUCGGCUAUAUGGCAAAACGAAUUCAAAUGCGAAAACAAAGAUUUAUGGCGAUCCAAAAGAUAGCUGAACAAAAAAAGCAGCAACUGGAUGGGGUGCAACCACCGCCCAAUCCGAAUCCGAGUGCGGGCGAUCAUGGACAUGGGCAUGGUCAUGGCCAUAGCCAUGGUCAUCCUCAUGCGCCAAAACAAACAGUGAGUAACCGACCAAUUGGCUUUACAAAUAUACAACAAAACGUUGGCUCGCGCGGUUGCUCGAUAGUGGGACCCUUGUUCCAGGAGGUGAGAUUCAAGGUGCACGACCCCAAGGCACACUCCAAGGGCGGUACACUGGAGAAUACUGUGAAUGGCGGACGUGGCGGACCGCCGGUUGGACCACCCGGACCUGGACCUCAAGGCGGUGGCGGUGGAGGUGGCGGCGGCGGCGGCGGCGGAGGUGGAGCGCCCGAAGGUGGGGACGCCGAAGCGGCAGUACCAUCCCAUUUAUUACACCCGGGCAAGGUAAAAAAAGAUAUCAACAAGUUGCUGGGCAUCACGCCAUCAGACAUUGACAAAUAUUCGCGUAUAGUGUUCCCCGUGUGCUUCGUCUGCUUCAAUCUGAUGUACUGGAUCAUCUAUUUGCAUGUGAGCGAUGUGGUCGCCGAUGAUCUGGUGUUGCUCGGCGAGGAGAAGUAAAGCAGCCAACAGUUGGCAUACAAGCUUACUAUUAAGCAUUGGCUGUAUGUAGCAGUGGCAGCUUGUAGGCACGCUAGGCGUGUGACAGCGUCGCAAAAAGACGGAAGCAAGCGCACCGUAAGCAGGGAGUAUAGCAGAAGGCGAUUCGCAAUAGUUUAGUUAAGUUUAUAUUUUAAGUGAACACAGCAUAGCAAAACAGAAAAAAACUAGCAUAAUUAUUAAAAAAAUAAUACACGCACGUGAAGUUAGAUUAAUCAUGUAUUAGCAAAAGCAGUGAAGAGACGACGAAGGUAUUAGUUAAACAAUUAAUAAUAAUUUAUACUGUGCAAAAAAAAAAAAUAUAUUAUUAUAAUUAAAAUCAUGAAUAAAUAGGAAAAUAGUAAAGGGGAAACACGGAAAGAAAAUCAAAAUUAAAAUCAGUUAAAUUCUAAACGAAAGCAUGUCAACGUUCGAACACAGUAAAGUCAUACACAUACACUGGAAAAAAAUUAAAUACUUUAUAGGCAUAUAACAGUUCACUAACGAGUAAAUAAACAGCGCAACGCUGAAGCUCAUUAAUAGCGAAGAAGUUGAAUGGAACAAUUUAAGCAUAAAAUACAUUAUAUUGUAAGCGGUAAAAGCUCAAAUUACUUACAAUAAUAUACAAAAAUGAAACAGCGGUGCACAUAAUAAUGGAAGCAUUAUAAGUAGUUAACGAAAUGCCAGUGAAAUGCGUAAAAAAUUACAAAUAAAUAGUUAAUAGUUAAAAAUGUGAGAAAGAUAAAAAAAAAUUCAAGCACACUUUCAUAUGUAUUACAACUAAAAUAAACACCCACACACUUACAUAAACUAUCAUACAUAAAUUAUUGUCGAAGGAAUGCAUUAAAAUUACCGUUGUAAUAAUUUUUUUGUUUUGAAUUUUUCAACUUACCAAUUUUAAUCCCGAAAAAAAAUUUCGACCUAAUCUCGAUUUUUGAUAUUUUCUAAAAAACAAAAAGGAAAAAUAUAAACUUACUAGUGGAUCCGGCCACGCGUUCAUGUGGUAUAUAUUUUAUACCAUUAUUCAUAUAAUAAACUAUUCAAUACAGUGAACAUUUUAUUUACGAAUAAAGGCGAAAAUGUUUUUGUCGGUAUAAGAAUCCAAGGGAUUGUACUUGAGAUUUAAUUUUGAAUAUGUUCAUACAAAUAAAUUUCAUUAGAAGAAAUAACGAAUUUAAGGCUGCUUUCUCAAUGUCUGCUUACCAGCCUUCCUUUCCAAUUUAUAGAGUUGUCCGCUUAAUAGAGCUUUCACUGUAUUUUUUAUUUAUGAAUAUUUUUAACUAUUCUAUCUCCUAAGUUGGUUCGAACUGGACACAGUGUGCUAAAUUUUACUAAAAUCGGUUCAGUAGUUUAGGAGUCUAUCGCGAACAAACAACGUGACAAUGAUUUUUAUAUAUAAAGUUAAAUUCUUUGAAGUUAAUAAACCAUCUUCAUGUCUAAAGCUUUUUUAUAAAUUUCGCCGAAAUGUAUGCUGUAUAUAUUUUAGCAUUCAACUUCGGUUUAUUUAAUUAAAUAAAUUAAAACUGACCUGCGUUUCGGCACAGUUUUUUUUCAUGUCCGCACUUGAAUAUUAUUGGUUUCAAAAUGGCGUUACUCUUUAUAAAUCUAAUCACCCAUAGACUAAUUACCGUUUCAGUUUCGUUCGGAGUUGCUCAAGUGUUUAGCUGAAGAGCAAAGUUUACAACGACGUAUUUCGAUUUUCGACUCUUUUCAAACAAAAAUAAUUAAUCGACAUCAUAGACGCAAGCAUAUUGAUGAUAUUGGUAAAAGAACUAAUCCCUCUUCCUAAAUUUUUCUGUGGGUAUUUUUCAGAGGUAUUUACCACUUUACGAGUAUAAUUACCAAAUAAAUUCCAAAUAAAAUUUUAAGUAUAUGAGCAGAUUCUGCCCAAGAAAUGUGCUUUGAUCUUCCCAUCUGAAACUAGGAAAAUCGCAACCUGACAUAGCAUGUGCUCAGAAAAAUGGAAGGUAUCUAAAAAAAAAUUUAUGAAGCUGACGUUAGCUUGGAUUGUUGAAAUUUAACAAGUUUAUCAAUUUUCCGAUGCAAGCAAUGAGCAUGACAUUUUUUCGACCUCUUCUUUCAAACCAACUAACCAAGCGUUUGUAAACCUAUAAGUGAAAUUACAAAAGUUCUCCUUUUUAAUAUUAGUUGACAACUAACAAUAAUUAAUUUCAAGCAAAACUCGUUAAAUUAUCACAUAUUUACAUACACACUCAUUAAAAAACUAGCAAAUAAUUGCACUCGAGAAUAAGCUCAAUAAUUUAAUAUAAAAUUCGUUAGCACACACAAACACAAGUUCGAAAACACUUUCAUCACACGAAAAAAUUUAUAUCCGAAUUAUUAAAAAUAAAUUUAUUUAUACACUGUUGCUGCAAACUGUUAGGUUUUUGCGUUGUUUUUUGUUAGCGUUAAUAACAAAUUUUGAAACAAUUAGCUAAAUUGUUUAAAAUACUAUUAAAAACUUAUGUACAUACAAACUUAUAAAUUUCUACACUUUAGCGCUUCCAAAACUAUUUGCCAAAUUUUUUAAAAUUGCAAAGAAAGAAAUUCCUUAAAUUAGCACAAAACGUAUAGACGUCACGGCGGAAGACGCACACACACACACACAUACACGGAUGAAAGAACGCGUGUGCGUAGUUAAGCUCAGCAUAUAUGCAAUAUACUUAAGUUAGUGUAACUUACAGUUAUCUCGAUGCAUAGCUAAUAAUUGAAAACAAAUAAUUGAUUUGUUUGAGUAUUAUAAAUAUUUUAUUUUUUAUUUUUUAUUUAUUGAUUGUUCAUUGAAAACACAAGCAAACAUGCGCACCCUUAAACUACGAAUUAAUGAAAAUUAAAAAUACGAAAAGUUCAAAAUCGGCAAAAUUAUGAAGCGUGCAACCGUUAGAAAUAAAAGAGCGCUGUUAAAUAAUAACUGUAUUUUAGUAAAUUGCAACGUAAUAAACAGCACCACUGUUAGAUUAGUUAAAAUGAAACUUGACAUAACCCCUCCCCCAACCUAUAUAUGUAUGUAUUUGUAUGUAUACCCGAACGCAAAUGAACAAUACCCCAAUAUACUCGUAAUAUUUACGUGUUGAGCAAUUAGAAAAAACAAAAUAAAACAAAAUAAAACAUUAUAUAAAUAAAUUUGCAAACAUUGCAAGUGACAGUACUAAACCAAUUACUUUAAAAAAACCAACUGACAAUGAGUAUGUAUAGGUUUUUGUGUAAACACCAUAUAUCUACUAACUAGAUAUGCCAGUAUGUAUAUAUAUGAACCAAACAAUACUAGAAUUAAAUAUAAAACUCGCUAACUAAAAUUUUUAUUUUUUCAACACUUUUACACGUAAACACCGAAGCGAUUGCAGUACGAAAAAAUAUUGGCGGUUUUUUGCUGUAAUUGCGCAUGGUUUUAUGUGAAACAAUAUCUCUGCACACACAUUAGAUAUAUGUAUAGUAUAAAUGAAUAAUUUCACUCACUUUUAUAGCACCAAACACGGCUUGAAUGUAUGUACAUAUACUAUUUUAUAUAAAGAAAAAACAAAAAAUUAUAAAAGUACACAUAAAAACAAAACCGAAAUUACAUACUGUUAGCAACAUGAAGUAGUGAACUGUUAAACAAACUACUCAUUUGUAAUGUAGCAAACAGCAACAUAGCAGAGAAAAGUUUAAAAUUUAGCAUCCAAAUGCACGCGGCAUUUGCGAGGUGCAUGAAGAAAGUUGCGUAAUAUGAACAAAAUGGUCCGCUAAACAGACAUACUGGACUAAAUAAAACUGCCUACAUAUAUAUUUACCAAGAAAAAUAAAUAAAAAAAAAAAAACUAAAUAGAAACAUAUAUGUAUAUAAAAUGAAAUAAAAAACUGCAAGUAAACUUAAAAAAAAGCAUGUAAACUUUAAAAAAUUUAAACGAAAAGCAAAAUAUACUCAAAACCUAUUAUAUUUAAUUAUAAUUAAUUAAAAAUGAAAAAUAGUAGUGUGUGUGUACAAAAAACUGAACUGGUAAGAGAAAAAAAUAAUAAAAACGUACAGCUACACACACAAAUAAUGUAAUAACUAUCAACAAUAGCAACAAUAAGUACUAGAGCGGCGUUGGUUGCAAUAAAUCUGGCUUUAAAAAUCUCCAAAACUGCAAACUGAAAAACACAGCACUAAGCACAGCGCAUGCAUUGCAUUACAAAUCAGUGCCGGCGCUUUCACGACUAGUUCCAGCAAUGCCAUUAAUGAUUAUUGCAAUUACAUCGCAUCAUACUUGAAGCGGACAGCAACUGGCACAACUCGAACUUCAACCAAUUAAACAUAAAGACAAAGUAAUAAAUAUAAAUACAGACAAAACUUGAGUAGGAGCAAAACUUCGCAACUAAAUACUACAUGUGUAAUUUAAUGUAAAACUAUAAGUUUUACUAUAAAAUAGUUAUAGUGCAUAUAAUUACUGAUUAACAGCAAAUAGUUGAUUUAGUAAUUUAUUAUAGAGAUUUUGGUUUUAUUAGCAGCUAUUUAGGCUAUUUUGUUUGAUUUAAAAUAUGCAUCUUCUCAAUAACGGAGGUUAGGUAGUAACCCCGUAUUGGAAAACCAUGACCCUUACAGAUGGCGAACUUAAACAGUACAGUAAGCAAUUGUUAUUACGCCCUUCUACAAUUUUUUAACAGAUUUUAAUAGUUUUUUCUAGUUGUGGCAAAUCAUUCUUACUGAUUUCUGAUAAUAAAUUUCGUGGGAAAAGUCAAUACCACAAUAAUAAUUGUUUUCUUUUUUUUCAAAGAAAUAUUAAACUAAACAAAAUUCAAAAAUUUUCGAAUCAGCUAAAAAGUAUAUAGCAAUUGAGAAUAAAAACAAAACUUUAGUUUUUCUAAAUAAUUAUUCCGAAAAUGUUCCAAAUCGCUAAUAAUAAUAUAAGCUUAAAACAUAUGUUCUAUUGACAAGAAACCGCAUAGUUUCCAACUUGUCAUAAUUUCGUUGCCAAUUGUUCACAUUUGAUGUAAGUAUUUUCUUACUUUCAUAGUAAAAACUUCGCUGGAAUUUCUUUUUCCCAAACAUUUUAAACUUUUUAACACAUAACAUUAUGUUUGUCUUCAGAAUAGGUUUCAACUCGAGCAUUCCAUAAACUAGCACGAAAUAUUCAUAUAAAAUACUUUCAACGGACGCAAUAGAUUCAUGGACUUAUCCUCGUAGCGAAAGCUUCCGAUUCAGAAACUGCCAAAAUAUGGUUGAAUCCGUAAUUGGUUUAUAGAUGUGUAGAGCGAUGACUUUUCAUGUGACUUGUUACAAAAACUUCUAUUUCCCUAAUUUUUUUGGCGAAUUUUUCAAGUAGAAAACUGCGGAAAAAAGAUGGGCAAAGCCAUUUCUAUAAUGCUAACCAGAAAAUUCCAUAAGCACAAAUUUUUCUACUUUCCAAUCCAGACAUCAUUUAAAAGUGUGAUGAGGUAACGCGUUUCUCAAUAAGAGCGCUACAAAAACUUUAAAUAAAACAAAAACGGUUUAAGAUAUCAAUGAAAUUCUUUAUCCUUCGAAACUACAUUCGAUGCCAUUAUAUAUGAAACUCAAUUUUAAUUUCUUUUGCAUGGCCAUCUCGAGCACACUGGCAGAAGUCCAGACGCCAUAUCGUGAGAUAAUAUGUUUACCAAACUUAGUUUUCAAUAAAUCGAUUGUGACCUUCGCUGUAUGGCUUGCGGCGUCGCUCUAUUGGAACCACAAAUUAUCCAAUUUUAAUUGGGGCCAAAAAUAUUCGGUUAUGAGCGAUAGCCAUUCCCAUUUACAGUAACGGGCCGGUCUUGAUCAUCAUAGAAGAAUUCCGCCUUGGUGACUCAUGGAGUACGUGUGGAUUGCUCUCUGACCAAUAAUUAAUAUACAUAUAGCAUAUUGACGAAGCUAUUCAGCCAGAAAUGAGCAUCAUCGCUGAAGAUGAUUUUUAGAUGAAAAUCCGGAUGACUUCCAAGUUGUUGCUCAGCACAAUUCACGAAUAUACGACAAGUCUAAGCCGCUUGACCAGCUUCAAUUCGUGCGUCAAUUUGAUCUCCUUUGCUGUCCCUAAUGGUAUGUUUUUUUACUUUUUUAGCGUCCCUAUUGAAAAAUUCUAUAUUUACUGAAACUGUGCUUACGGUUAUAGGAUAAUUGCAUUCUACUAUACAAAAGACUUUUCCAAUAUUUUCGAACGAAUUUCAGCAGCUUAUUGGGAAAGUGACACUUUUGUAACAACUUUUUAUCGCAUACACUCUAGGAUGCUUACCAUAUGUUGAGGUCAAAUUUUUGUCUACUGUUAAAAAUUCAAAGUCUCAGCAGCUACUAAGUAAAAUUUUUGAAUGAAUAAUGCUUAUAUGAUGUUCUAAUAUCCUUAAGAUUGCCGACUAAUAUGCACUGAAGUUUAUUUUCAACAGUGAAUUUGAAGGUAGCUGUUAAUGUAUUCCCUUGGUGUUUUCAACCCUGUUUUUGAUUUUUAUAAUUCGUGAAAGUAGGAGUACAUAUACACAAAUGCCGUCGUCUAUUAGGAAUUUAGCUUUAUAUCAUAUCCCAUGUACGUUAUACGAAUACCUGAAAUCAGUUUUCGCUUGUGGCCCAUAAACAAGUAAAGUAUAUUGCCUGUUCAAAGUAGCUUUUGUUGCAAAAACUAUAUUCUCUAACCACUUAAUUUUGAAUUCAUGUUUUACAAUUCUUUCAUUUUAUAUUCUCUAAUGUUUUUUUCUUCUUCUGUAAGUACAUAACCAAAAAUUAUUGUUCGUACGUAUUACAUAUAGUAUGUAGUCAUAAGUAAGUUGUAAAUAAACUGUUUUUAUAUAUGCUUAGGCAGAAGUAGUGUUAACGCUCAGAAAAGCAUUAAAGGCGAAGCAGAAAUUAUGUAAAAAAUAAAAAAAUAUGAAUAAGUGCAUACUAGAAAUAAUAUGUUUUAAAGUAGUAGUUAUUAACUAACCGUGUUUUGUUUGUAAAUAUAAUAUAUAUAUAUAUAUAUAUAUGUAUAUGCGUACACUUUUAAGGUAGUUGUAUAAUAAUUUCAGAAAGGUUUACUAAUUUGACAUUUAUAGCGGUCGGUUUGCACAAAUACAUAUGGUUACAUAUAAUAAUUUAUGCAUUAUAUGCAACGAUGAUAUUAUAUAAGCACAAGACAUUGAAUAAAAACCUGUAUCGGUGUAUAUAGAUUUAUUUUUUAAAUACAUUUAAAUUUAUAAAAUAUUUGGGUCAUUGUUUUUAAGACUGUACUUUUUGUUUUAAAACAGCAUUUUGUUUUGAUUUAUGGAAAUUUCUUCUAUUGCAUUUUGCAACUUAUUUUAUAUGCUGAAAUUCUAAAAUACUUAUAAAAACAUAUUAGUUGUAUAGUAAUUCUAAUUUUAAAUUUGUAAGAUAUUUUAUCAAAGUGAAUAAUAGAAAGCAAUAUUUUUAUUUAUAUUAAGUAACGAUAGACUUGGCUAUAUUGAAGGAGCAAAAUAUUUGAUUUAUAUUUUUGCAUUUUAAUAAACGCCUUCGAUUCGCGCAACAUUGGAGAGUGGAAAUGAAACAAUAUAGAGUGAUUCACAGAAACUCCAAAUUGAAUGAAUAAUGUUUAUUAUCAUUCGAAAGGACAUUCUUCAGCAUUUAUUUUCUGAAGAUUAUCUCUUUCAAAUGUUGGUCGCGGUUACGUCUUAGAUGGUCCAACUAAAGAAAUGGCGAAUCGAAGACACGUAUUAUAAAUCAGAGCAUGCAAAGAUGAGAAUGAAUUCAAUAUUUGCUUUGCUAAAAAUUAAUAAGUUAUAAGCACCUGUUACUAGAUUCUAAAUGGAAGAGCAAAUAAAAUUAUUUUCACAUUAUUAUUAUGCAAAUGAAAACAACACAUUCUUUAAGUUAGCAAUGAUUGUAACUGCACAACGGAAGUAGACAUUCUUAAGUAUUUUAAUCACGCGAAGAUAAAAUUAUAUAAGCACCCUUGGCUAUAAACCUAACAACGCAAAGAAUCGAGCGAAAAAGUUAAAUCAAUUUAUACUGCGGAAAAGCUCUUGCAAUCGGAACCUCAUAAGAAAAUGUCGAAAAAAUUCCAUUUUACCACACCGUAAAGAACAAACGAAAAUGUGGAGUUGAAAACACUUUAGCUACCAGUAAUUGAAUGGCUGGUGCAUUACUAAACACAUACACACACACCUGCAACCAUAGCACAUACGUACCCAUGUAAUUAAAGCCACUAAAUUAAACAAAAACAAAAUAUAAGGUACACCAUAGUACGCGUGAUGUUUCACAAUGUAACCAAUAUUAUUGAAAAGGGAAUACAGUUGUUAAAACAAAAGCAAAAAACUUACAUACAUAUAAAAAAUAACAAAACAAACAAAAAGUCAUUACUAAAAUAAAUUAUUAUGAAAAUGAAAAAAAUGGUGAUAAAAAUUGUUUAUAAAAUAGUAGAUUAAGUCUAAGUUAAUAUAGCAAACGGUAAUUAAAAAUCAAUUAAAUAAACAUAAAAGUAAAUAUUUUUAGUUGCAGUAAAGUUGAAAAAAUAUGAAACAAUUAAGCGCUUAGAAAUUUCGACCAAAAACAAAAGUGUGAGUAAAAUUUUUAGUAAACAAAAAAAUGUGAAAAAUUUACAAAAAAAAAAUUGAAACAAGAACAAAAUAAGCAGCUCAUCGGUUUCGGAGCCCUCGUUCUAAAGCAUUUUUUAUAUUUUUUUGAAGCACUUUUUUUAGGGAAAUAAAAUUAAUUUCGUUAAACUUUAUAAAAAUAAAACAGAAACUUUUUAAUUAGUCAUAUUCGAGUACUUUAUUAAGAACGGUUUCUGAUUUUUUGAAUUUUAUAUUAUUUACAUAAUUAUAACAUUUUUUAAAUUUAUUAUUUAUUAUAUUUUUCUAUAUUAAUACAAGUAUGUGCCGUUCUUUUGAAGUAUGUUUUUUCCUCAAAACAAUCCAGUCUUCUACAUUUGAAAAAGUUAGGUAAAUAUAUUUUGAUUUUAUUUGUCGACCAUGUGGAAGCUGUUUGGGAGAAAUGUAUGCCACGUUGGCAAAUAAUCUGUUUUCUGUUCCAAAGAAAAUGAGAUAGAGUGAAAAGUAAUUUCAUUAAAUGGAAUUUUUAGUUAAAAUAAAAUAUAGACCAUAGAACGUAAAACAAAUAAAUAAAAUGAGGUUUGCUCUGGUCUUCUAACAUUUUUUCCAAACACUUACCAGUAGUUGAGCUAUUUAAUAUACACUUCGAAACUAAGUAAGGAAUUAUUUUACUUAUUUUGUGGAAUAAAAAAAUUUCUCGCUCUGCUGAUGAAUUCAAAAUACAAAAAUCUUAAGUAAAUAACGGGUUUCCCAAUAAGAGUUAUAUAAUUUCUUAAAAAACACACUAAUUGUUGAGAAAAUCGAUACAAUUAAGCUCUGAUUAUAACAUCAUUCAAAUGGUUUUCACGAAUUCCUUUGCAGGAACGCAUUCAAUGAAUCCAAUUUUCAAGUACCUAUUCCACCAAUUCAGUCGUAUGUCAUCAAUAGCGCGUUCGAUAUUGACUUCAAAAGCUUGGCGAUAGUUUGAAGAGAGUCUUCAAAUAAACCCACAAAAAGUAGUAUAAUGGUGUUAAAUUACAACUUCUUUGAUGCCAUUCAAUGUAUCAAUUUCUUGAAAUAAUUGAAUCUCCAAACUUUUCUUGCAUUAAUUCUGUUGUUGUACGUGCUGUGUGGCACGUAGCCCCGGAUUGUCGGGACCAUAUGUAUAUUGUCAAGAUCAACUUCUUACAAUUGCGUCCUUACAAAAUUGGAUCUAUACUAAUCUCCAGUGAUAGCGACGGCGUCACCAGCUUCAUUUCGUAAGAAGUACGAACCGAUGAUUCCACCAGAGCAAAAAUCACACCAAACUGUCCAUUGAGGUGAAUGUAAUUGUUGUUUACGUAUAUUUUGUGAAUGUUCUUCACACCAGAAUUGACAGUUUUGUUUAUUUACCGCACCAUUCAGAUGAAACUGAGCUUCAUCGGAGAAGAUGAUUUUUUUAAUUGUUACAGUUUUCAAGUGUUCCAAGACGAAAUCAGGAAAUUCAUGAUGUUUGGCUUCAGUUUUUGAGUGAGAAUAACUUUAUGCGGAUAUAAGUAAAAAUUCUUUCUCAAAAUCCGUCAAGUUGUGGUUUGAAACAGCCUCAAUUCUUGAGAACGUAUUCAAAUCGGCAAAAUUCGGUCUUCAGCAACUCUUGCCUAAACGGCAGCAAUAUUUUACGUCGAGCGGUUUUUUGUCUUAUUAGUACUUGAACAUUAUGUAAACAUACAUUCGAAAUUUUCAAUAACUCGACGAAUAUCGAGCACAGGUGGAUGAUUAUUAUGUGAUUCUUGGCUUUUGAGUUUAGCUUAAGACGGGUUGACUUGUGUUAUUCUAUUAAUUUUUAGAUUUUUAAUACCUAGGUAUAUAUGAAAUUUCAAGUUUUGUGUUUUUAUAAGUUUUUGAAUGUCAGUAAGACUAGUUAAAAUAUAUUUAGUUCAUUACUAGCCUUUCUUUAGUUGUAAAAGAAUUUUAUUAAGUUUGUGUUUCAGUGUAUUUAAUUUACUUUUAUUUUGUUUUAUAUUACUUAAAUAAAAAAGAAAAAAAUCAGGAAAUUUCUUUACUUUUAACCACAAAAGUCUUAAAUUAAAAUACUGUAAUAAUUUUCAUGGCUCAUUUUCUAAUAUAGUUUUUUCUUCGAAAAGUUUACAAAAAAUUAAUGUAAAGAAAAAAAGGAUAUUAAAGCAUUUCUGGAGACUUGUUUUAGACAAAAGCUCCAACGGUUUUACAAACAAAUCUAUAUAUACAUACAUAUAUAUAAAUAAGUUAUAAAUAAUUAUGCGAGUAUAUCGUCAAGUAUAUAACAGACAUACACAUCUAUACGUGCAUAUGUACAUAUAUAUAUUGUGUGCGUUUACCAAAAAAAAAAUAAAUAAAUAAAUACUAAAACACAUAUUUAGUUAUAUGUUAUACUAGAAUUAAUGAUUAUUAUUAAUAUUAUUACAGACACAAUGAAAUUCUAAAGAACCUAGAGGUUUAAGUUAGCUGCUAAGUAAAACCUAUGUGAGAGUAAAACUAAGCAUUAACUAAAAUGGCAAACAAAAAUAUGAAUAAAUAUAAUUAAUGUUAAAUGUUUUAAAAUGCACGAAUGUUUUAAUAAAACUACAAAAAAAAAAAAACAAAAAACACGAAAAGAAAAAUAAAUUAAAUGCAAUUACAUAAUUAGAUGAGAAAAGACGUUAACUCAACAUGAAAUGGCUGCAAUUUAUACUUGCAGCUGCUAUGUGGAGUGAAAGCUGAGUUUGCGCACAGUGUGUAGGUACAUUUGUUAAAGUUGAGUAAGUGAGAAAGUAGUUGAGGGGAUGAUAUGAACAACAUAGCAAAAUAACGAAUUAAACAAAAUUAUGCAAAAGAAUUAAGAAUAGCAAAACACACUUUCAAAUGAAUUUAAUGAAUGCAGAAAAUAGUAAAAAGUAAGUGAACAUGAUCUAAUUGCUUAACUAAUACAACUAAACGUACACACAUACAAAUAGGCAAGUUUAGGUCAGCAAACAAAUAAACAUUAUGGUUGUACGUUAUUUACAUGUAAUUUAUUUCUUUUUAUAUGCAUAUUACAACAAAGAAAGUAAAUAAGAAUACAUAAGGCCCACACACUAAAGCCAGCUUGUACGAAUAUUCAUUUAAUUGAGUAAAAUUAAGUAAAUUAAUUGAGUUUCAACCAAAACUAAGUAAACAAUAUUUGAAUUGAUUAGCAUUAAACAAUAGACUAUGGUUAAUAUAAUUAAAACAUAACAAGCGUGUGUGUAAAUAUUAAACAAAAAGGCAAUAAAAAUACACAAAAGUAAGCUAGGUGAAUAAAUUAAUUUAAUUUGCUGCAUUUUCUUUCAACUUAUUGAAUUUAUUGUAUAUUAUUGGUUUUAAAAAGUUGUAUUCCAAACACUUUAUUGCAAAUGCUAAGUUUUUAUAUGAUGACCUCCUUUACCUUUAUCAAAAUUAUUUAUUCUAACAAGUGUGCUCAAACAAGGACAUGUCGGGCAAUAAACACAUUUAUAUAACUUCACUUCCUCUAAAUCUUCCUAAAAUUUCAUUUUUUGCCUUAUCGAUGCUAAUUUCUAUGGUCAUUUAAUGAAAAAGUGCCAAUAGUUAGUUGACCCUCGCGAGACAUUGCUUCUUUUCAAAGCGAAAUCGGUACAUUUCAAACCUGUAGUGGUUUUGCUUGUGAAAAAGAUACAUGGUAAGAUAGGCUUAUCUCAAAUUGGUUGCCAUUUCAGAACUAUAACAUUUCCGUCAAAUAUGAAACAAGGCAUCAGUUUGAUGUUUCCAAGUUGUAGUGUCGAAAUAUUUCUUAUUUUUCUGUAAAUAUUACAGUAAUUAUAUUGAUAAACUAGGAAUGCAUCGCGACCUUAGGUCUAUUGUGCCCUCUCCUAAAUACCAAAUACUCUCCUAGCUCCAGCAUAUUGAUAAAGUCCAAUAUACUGCUGGGUGAUAGCGAAGCAAUGUGAUCCUUAUUUGGGAACAUGGAUCCAAGGGCCUUCAAUCUGCAUCUGCCUUCACUGUCAAGCAGUCUAUUAGCAGGUGUACUGGUGUCCAUGUUGUUUAAGUGAUUUUUUAGCUUGUCGUGGCCAGUGUGGAAUGCGACAAUUUGUCCCUAGGGAGGUUAAUUACAUAUAAAAACCUGCUAAGUUCUUGCCAAUAUCUCUCUCUGUCUUCUUCUUCUUCCUUGCGGAUACUUCUUUAUUUUAUGGAGACCUAUCGUGACAAAGGGUUCAGGUCUUCUUAUGUUCAUGGAUGCUGUGCAGCGGGCAAGCUUAUCAGCCAGUUCAUUCUUGGCUAUACCUUUGUGACUAGGUACCCAAAUGAGAAGGACUUGGUUACGUUGCGCUAGGCUGCUCAGCCGUUCUCUACACUCCUGCACCAGUAGCGAUUUGAUCACAUACGCAGAGAUUGCUUUAAGUGUCGCUUGACUAUCGUUCAUUACCAUAGUUGCGUUGGUUCUUUUUAUGCACUGACAUAUGGCAAAGACUAUUGCCUGAAAACUGCUCGGAAAACUUCCGAUAGAAGAGUUUGGUGCGUGGCCCUGCGACUCAGUGGAAUCAUUCCAUCCAGUUUUGCUGUUAAGGGUAACAUUAAACUUCCGUAAUAAAUAUUUUAUAUGGGAGAUUAAAAGCAAGGCAGCAAUGAUAUUCUAGAUGGAGCACCAUACUCCAAAAUCGAACUCUUGAAUUGCCAAUCAAUAUAAGCUUAGAAAAUAGCUAGAAAACAGUGUCUAGAAUUGGCAUUAUACUUAUAAUACGAGUAAGUAGAUCGGCGAUUUUGACUUAAGACUUUCACUUACGAAAUCGGUCGUUACAAUGCAAUACAUAUUGUUGAUAAGAUUCCGCCGACUUAAGGUCCAAAAAAUCGCUUCAGAUUCAACUAAAAAAAAUAAUACGAAUAGCAAGGCUUAUAUAUGUAUCUUAAAAACUUCGUACUUGGCGUCCCUCAAAACUUACAUUACCGAUACGACGAGUACACAAUUUACCGAUAAUACUCAACUUGACACACUUUCUGUUCAGAUUUUGCAUUAGAUUGGAUCUUUCGAAUUAUUAUCUUCUUAUUAUUAUUUUUAAACACAAAAAGACAUAACAGGCACCCAAAUGGUUAAAAUAAUGGUAAUACUAAAACCCAGAACUAACUGACAUAUGUAUAUACAGACAUAUGUAAAAGUACAUUAGUAACAUGUGCUUGUUAGCAAAUAUUUGAUCAUGGAUCACAAUUUUCGACUGUGUUAAUUUCGUAACAAAUUUAAAACAAAUUAGCAAAAUGUUUAAGAAAAUUACUCCAAAAGAAUGCACCAAAUACUUUAGUGCAUGCAAUUACUUUGGCAAAUGCAUAUAUAUACAUAUACUCGUGCAUAUAUAAUACAUAGUUAUAUAUGUAUGUUAACAAAAAAUAUUGCAAAGUCUGCAAGGCAUUGAGAAUAUAAUACAAUUGAAUUGAGUAAAUAACAAAUUACUGCAAAAUUAGUAUAACCGUUCAUUUGUCGAUUGUGCAUUAGUGAAUGCAGUUAACUAACAACAUACAUAUUAUAUACAUACAUACAAUAUAAGUUGAUAACGGGAAAUAUAUAAUUUAUGCAAAAUUGUGAGAUAUGAAUUAAUAAGACAAAUGCAUAAAAUAAGAAUUAAAAAGAGAAAAUUAAUUAACUUAACGUAAAUGAGUCACACAAAAGCUCACAUACACUGCAAAAAAUAAUGGAACAAAAAUAAACCGUAAUAUUCGUAUUUCUAAUGAAGACAGCAGAAAACUUUAUGUCAAAACGAAAAUAAAAGAAAACGUAAAUUAUUUCGUAAGUCAAGUGACAUGAGUAUGAAAUGAAAUAAAAAUUAUGUAAAAAUUCAAAA